CAGUGACAGAUCCUGGAUGCACGUAUGUAUAUAGCCUCGGACUGACCUGGGUUUGCAGAUGCCAUCAUGGAUGUUCUGCUGGCUGCAGUCCUGGCCAGUCUCCUCCACGUGUCAGUGGGGAACCUCCCCCCAAUCAUCGACUGCCCGCAGUCGUUUACUACGUUGGUGAAGCCGGGUCAAGGGUCAGCCACUGUCACCUGGGAUGCACCGACCGCAAGCGACCCCGAACAGGGGAAAGUCAUUCCGACGUUAAAUAAGUUCUCGCCGAGCCCUGGUUCCAUGUUGACUGUAGGUACCUACAUCGUCAAGUACACUGCGACCGACAAGGAGGGCAGGAGUGACCACUGUACAUACACUAUCACAGUGGAAGGUGCGCAGUGCCUGAGUAUUGGUGACAUCCGGCACGGCCGGACCACGUGCAACCAGGGAGCGCGGUACGGGGAGAAGUGCAGCGUGGUGUGCGACUCCGGCUACGAGGUGCUAGCGGACAACUCCUUUACGUGUUUGAGGGAUGGCAGAUACGACAAGCCGGCGCCUGUCUGUGAAGAGAUUGGUUUCUACACCAUGCUGUGCCGGAACAUCACGUCAUCGAGGGCAUCAACCUUUCUCAAAUCAGCAGAGAAGAACUUCCAACUUGUUUUCGAACAGUUACAAUCACGAGGGUACAUUCCCAUAUAUAAGUCCAUGGAGUUCGCAAAGAAAAUGUGCCAGAACGCAGACAAGUCCAACCAGGGAGUGUGUGUCUACUUGCGGCGUUUGGCGCUAUUUGAGAAACUGAAGGAAGACAUAAAGACACUUCCGGUGACCAACUCUCGUAGAGGUGACGAUGACGACGUCGACAACUUGAUCCAAUACACGUACCGUCGUCUUAUGACGCUACAUCCUGAGAUUCAUCGGUUCUGUGACGACACCAACUUUAUCAACGGCCUUUAUGACUAUCUUCCAAAUGUUCAGAGAAUACAUGAUAAAAACAAAUAUCAACGCAUACUUGGGCAAAUUUUCUCAGAAAAUCUGACGUUUGAUGUUCUGAAGUCAGAGGCUAAUACGUUAUGUAGCCCGGAUCAUGAGGGGCCCGACUGUCUAUUGAGAGACGUUUUACAAUUAAUGGAACGUGCAAAGAGGUUUAUUGCACACCAAGAAAAGAUAGGGAGAUGGGAUGAUGAAGACGUUAAUCAUUAUUUCAAUGCUCUGACAUUUAGUUCAAUCCUUCUCAAGUGGAAAUACCAUGGUCGAGUCAAUGCCAUACAACCUCACAACACAACAGAUCAACAAGCAGUCAUCACACAGAUCAUCAGAGCAGUGGCAAUGUACAUUGAUGAUGGCGCAGACGAGAAGUUGGAGAUUCUGAUGUCGAUGUUUCCAUACUUCAACACAGACAAGAUAUGUAACAGUGGGAAGAUGUGCUUGUUCUGGAGAGUAGUUGACCAAACCAGAGUCUACAUCAAGUCUCGCCAACCGGCGACAGGUAAAGGCGUCAAAGUGCGUUUGUUGAACACCGACCUUGACCUUCGAGAGUUCCUCAGACAGAAACAGAUGGAGAGGGUUCUUCAGUUCCUAGGCGACCAGGAGUAUAACCUGGUGGCAGUUGCAGACGACUUAAAGAAUGAAUUUAGCAAGGUCAUCAACCAGCGAUUUUAUGAGCUCAAAACAUACUUCAAAAAGAUUCACAGUUUUAGUGCCGCAAAAGCUAAGGCCGAUUUGAUAGUUUUCCAUCAGUUAAACAACCUGACACAAUCAGCAAGAACUCUAGCACCUGAUAUAGACUCAGACAUUUCGAAAGUAAUUGGUUUCAUGAUGACAUAUGCUGCCUUAGCAGUGACUAAGAAAACUAUUAGUUUCGCCAAAGUUAUUGCUGAAAGUUGCAAUCCCUUGAAGGCAGCGACCAGUUCGUCUGUGUCUGAUGUCAUGGAUGCGACGGCUGAGUUGGCGAACGCCUUAGCAACGCUAGGAUCAGCUACAAGGCUAGUUAUCGCCAUACAUGCCCUUAGGGGGCACAUCAAUCACGUCAGAAAUGGGUUUGCGAAAAAUAAAGAAUUUAUUGGCAAUAUGAAAAUUAUAAUGGAAUCAAUAACUCAAGACAAAAAGCCGGACGACUUUGAGGCUGCUAAGGACAGAUUUUUGAAAAAGUAUAAUGAUUACGUACCUGCAGUUACUAAACCAGAUAUUACUGAAAUGGCUGUUUACUUGAAGAAGGUUCUUGAAGAGGCAUGUAAGAUCACAAGUUCAAGUGGCCUAUGCCGGAAAACCGCAGUGAAAAUUGAAAAGUUAGUAUCUACGCUUGAAUCUAUCUAUGACAAACAGUUUGAGCUGGUUGAAGUGUUAGCUCAAAACGUCCAGUCUCAAGUGGCUAUGAAGGCUGCUGAUGGCAUAGUGGCUGAUUACGACGCAAUAGCGGGAAGUAAUGGCCAAGAUGAAGAUGUUUUGGAGAGUCUCCGCCAGGUGUCGGGGAUGUCGUACGUGUGCUACAGAAUCAUGGUCCUUCAAGUGAUAAGGAUGUAUUGUGACGAGCUGCAGUACAAGGCAGGUGGGGUUAGGCCCCAUGUGUGUAAAGAUGCGGGAACGGACAUUUCAACUCUGUUGGCAUAUAAAGAACCACCUUGCUCUUCAAGAGGCCUCGAGUUCCAGACCGUUUCCGGAAGGAAAACAAGGCGCGGAGACACUGCAUACAUGAGUAUUUCCAAAUUGUAUUCAGGCCAAGAGAUUAGCUUCAGAAUUCCUAACAGCAGGUGGUUGUAUAAAGCUGGGUGGAUUACCAAAGCUGAUCUGACAGCCGUGAUCUAUGUUUCUGGUUUCGAAGUAUACUUGCCAUCUGAGGUCCGCUACCGUCGGGACAUCCGGGUCCAUGUUGAGGUCGAUGGUGAGAACGAGUUAGUCCCGGGGGGCACAAGGUAUACCAUCAACCCAUCGCGACCAAUGGUGUUUGAGUACAAGGUCGGACAUGGAGUGAACUGCCGACAGCACCGGGGCUAUGACAACCCCUACACAACCUGCCACACCAACAAGAUCCCUGAUGUAUGCCCCAAAACAGAAUACUCCUGUUUUGUGGAUGGAGGAGAUAGGGUCCUGCACCCAUCUAUUUUCUCCCGUUUCAAAAUACGUGUAAACGGGUAUGAGGAUCUCCCUGUCCCGAAACCAACAACGCCAGUACCAGUCAAGGUGGCUGUGCGAACCUGUGUGUUCAUACCGUCAAGGAGUGAUCAGCAGUUUCAGGAUCAGUUCCGGUAUCAGGGGCGGAAUCGAUUGCCAAGCACCUGUUGUCCAAAAGAACAGUACUGGUCCGGGCGGCAUAUGGCUUGUCGGAACUGCCCGAAUAACUCAACCGUGGCGCUCCGGGGAUAUUUUUGUGCGAAGCAAGCCGAUUAGAAGACGGGUUCAACCCUAUUCUCACGAGAUGGUCCGUGGCAAUGAAAUGGUUAAUGUGUUAGUGAGGUGAAAUUGUGUUUAACCUCGCGCUCAUGAUUAUUACACUUGUAUAGCGACGUGCAUGCAUCUGGGAGUGUGUGGGGUGAUUGUACUUGUCCAGAUUAACGCCGGGUUGGGGCUACUGAGUUACUAUGCCGCUAUUUAACAUGGAUGCCCCACUAACAUAUAUUGUACUCCGAGCCGAGAAGUUCUAGUUAUAUCCCCUAAACAAAAGUGCUAGUGAGGGUAACGUCUUUUGGUAUGACGCUGCCAGGGCAUCGAACCACCGAUCUUCCGCUCUCUGGCAGACGCCCUAUCUGUUAGAGUCAGAUGGUCCAUGAAGUGUAUCUCAAGUGGGGCCUCACUGCUUCUGUCCAAUGAUGGUAUCAAUAAAUACACCAAAAAUUUCAACAUCUUGAUCUAAAUGUGUAAUAAAACAUGAGAAAAUAGUUUAUGAAAA